GAACUUGGCAGCGUAUACGUUGAAUGUCAAAUGUUGAUGGAAAAAGAAAUAUAAAGAAAAAAAAAAAGAUUCUGUGAACAUUUUAGUGAAGAAAUUUUGAUUAUAAAUUAUUGCAAGUGGUGAAACAUAACUGAAAUAAUGAAGGCGCUGAAGUUCUAACGUGUAUUUCACAGCCAAUAUUGUUACAAAACCAAUAAGUUAUUCGAUAUCUAGUUGGUUGCAGCAUCUGUGUAAAGUAUAUUUUUGCGUGACUUUUACGAGAAAAAAGUACACAGAAUUUUGAUUUGGAAGUGAUGUCUGAGUUCUCUAUCUUCAGCUGUAAAUUGUUGUUAAAUUAUUAUUGACUCGAUUCUUGUUUAAAAAACCAUUUGUUAUAAAUCUUCAGCAGUGUUGUGUAUGCUUUGAUGCAGCUAACCUUUAUUCGAGAGUGAAAAAGUAUGACCCAUAAAUAUGCUAAACAGCUAGAAGUCUGUCAUGUUACAUUGAUUAUUUUGACGAUAUAAUCAAAACGAACUUUUUUUUUUGCCCAUUGUGUCAUCACUGCUGUUCGUGAUUGAAGAAGUGAUAUAUUCAUUCGUACAGACGUUGAAAAAGUUUUUCGAUAGCCAUGCAUCCCCAGCAUCACAACCAUCCUGCAAUAAAUAUGGGACAAUAUGUUCCACAUCAACAUCAUAUGUCAAACAUCAAUGUGAGCGUCCCACCACCCGUAAACCCACAACAUAAUCUGCAACGUGACUUCAACAGACAUAACCGCAUCAAUCACCAUAUGCAUCCACCUCCACCGGCGUAUCAUGGUCGUUCAAAUGUUUCAACCGGACCAAAACCAGCACCAUUGCCAAUGCAAAAUAAACCGCCACUAAUGGCAAACAAUGUUGUUCAAACUGCCAUACAACAGGGCGGAAGUCUACCGCUGAUGCAGCCGAAAACUAUCCUCAAACAUCCUUCGCAAUAUAAGCCAAUAAUAUCACAGCCACAACAGCAUCAACCUCAGACAUCGCAACCGUCGACAUUGGAUGGUAAAGUAACAAGCAAUGUCAACAAUGUUCAAACUUUAGCUACCGCCAGCACGUUACACUCAAUACCUAGUCAGUCACAUUCGAAUAAUUUGCCUGGAGGAGCUCACAAUCCUGUAGAGAAAGUAAAACCUAACACAACAGCAGAAAAAACCGUCCCCAAAUACAAUGCUGUUUCAUCUUCCAAGCAAUUAAAUAAAUCUUCCACAACACCAACAACAUCACCGGAUACGUCUAUUAUAGAAGUUUCGGCGGCUAGUGACCAAAUAAAACAAUUGUCUAUUGGCGACAGCGUGGGUCAAAGCAAGGACAAGACUCCUAUGUGUCUGGUCAAUGAAUUAGCUCGGUUUAACAAGAUUACCCAUCAAUACCGCUUAACGGGAGAACAAGGUCCGGCCCAUAAAAAACGUUUUACCGUAACGCUUAAGCUGGGAGAAGAAGAGUAUUCAUCAGACGGAGCCAGUAUUAAAAAAGCGCAACAUUUAGCUGCAGCUGAUGCAAUCACUAAAACACAGUACAAACAUCCGCCAGCAAAACUAAAUCGUUCGCGCAUCAAUGGCAAAAUCGAUGGCAGAGGUAAUGAUUUAGGAAACAUAACGCCGACCGUGGAAUUAAAUGCUCUAGCUAUGAAGCGUGGUGAGCCAGCUAUUUAUAUGAUUGAUUCACCGGCAUCGGGUCAGUUGAAUAUGGGUGGAAGUCAAGUUCCUCCACAUGGUGUACCAAUGCCUCCUCAACCGAAUCAGUUCAUGCCUCCGAAUCCAGCUGGUUACAACAGUCAGUACGGAUAUUAUCAACCGAGGAACAAUCCACAAGGUCACUUCUAUCCACAGCAGCGGUUCGGACAUGAUCGACGGCCUAUGGGAAGAGGAUACGGUAAAUUGGAGAGAUACAGCCAAUGUCCCUACAAUUAUCCGACAGCAAGCGAAGAUCCUUACAAAGUGACACUGCAAGUAGGCCAAAGAAAAUUUGUUGGCAUUGGACAUACCGUACAAUCAGCUAGACACGAUGCAGCAUCAAAAGCAUUAGAAGUUCUCAAGCCAAUAACCCCCGAGUAUGUAGUGAAUGAAGCGAUGAAUACCAGCGAAGACGAUAUCAAUGCGGAACUGAAAUCUCCGGUUUCGCUUGUCCAUGAGAUGGCACUAAAAAGAGACUUGACCGUUUCGUUUGAAGUGAUAAGUGAAAAAGGACCUCCGCACAUGAAAAUAUUUGUGACUGGAUGUAGAGUGGGUGACAUAACGACUGAAGCGGAAGGUAACGGGAAAAAGCUUUCCAAGAAACGUGCCGCUGAAGCCAUGAUUAACAAGUUAAAGGAACUACCUCCAUCAUCACCAAUUGCACCAAUAGUUCGAGUUAAGCAAAUCAAACGAAAACCAUUACCAACGAAGAAGAAGACCCGCAAUUUGAUCAAAGAAAGUGAUGAAGAUAGCGAAGGAUUGAACCCCAUAUCACGAUUGAUUCACAUAGCCCAAACGAGAAAAGCUAAAGAGCCGGUUUAUACGCUUGUAGAAGAACGUGGAGCACCGCGGCGCCGAGAAUUUACCAUGGAAGUAUCGUGCGUCAAACAAACAGCUCAAGGCACAGGUCAAACGAAAAAACUUGCGAAAAGACAAGCUGCUCAAAAUCUGCUGAUUUCAUUAGGAUAUACCGUUCGAGCGUCACCAAAUCGGGACGCUGUGAAAGAUAGCAACGAUCAAAAUGAGAAAACAAAAUCUGUUAAAUUCCAAGAUUCAUCAAAAACAACAAACAUUUCAAAUAAAGUGGUCACCAACCAAGGAGGUACCGCUGGACGACAACUAGUACCAGGAUUGUUGCUCGUACAACAAGAUAGCAAAGUGAAUACGACCCCUAAAUGCAACAACAAUUCUGAAACAACCAAGACAAAUGACAUGCUCGACGCAAGUCAAACAUCUUCCCUGGACGAUUCCAUAGGCAAAAGUAAUUUGAACGUAUCAAGCGGAUCGGCGGAUAGUGGACUAUCGAAUGACGGUGUUCGACCAACCGAUCAACUGACUUAUUUGGCGCAAAUCUUAGGAUUUAAGGUCACCUACUCCGACUUCCCCAAAGGCAACCACGGUGAAUAUCUAACAUUGAUUACAUUAUCAACGGAACCGCCACAACUGUGCCAUGGUGCUGGCAGUAAUUUUGAAGCAUCACACGAUCAAGCCGCUUCAACUGCCCUGAAAAUGCUGAGCGAACUGGGUUUGCACAACGUUGUUCCGAACAAAAAAUGUCAAGAGCCAAAGACGGGUUCAGUGCCAAUUAGCAAUGGCAUUAACAAGUAAAGGAAUUCUAUAAAAUAUUUGUUGUAAAUGUAAGUACUUAAUUUAACACUUUUUUUUUCCAUUCUUUCUUUCUCUUUUGCUUUUAUAUAAACAAUUUUCGGUUCAUGCAGAUCGAUUUGUAUUUUCGUUUCGUUUCGUUUGUGGAAAUAUGCUCCCUUUUAGUUGACAGUGAAGAAGAAUAGAGAAAAAUUUAAGAAAUAAAAAGAAAGAGAAAAUUAAUGUAGAACAAAAUGCAAUACAAAAAAAUACAAAACAAAAACAUUUUAAGUAUCAAAGUACACUUAAUAGCUUAUUAUAAUUGUCCGAGGAGAUUAAUUUAAAUAUUUAGCAAAAUUUGUUGAACUUUUUUUGUUUGUUUGAGUAAUGUAAUCAUUUCUUUUUUGUUUGCAAUUUAUUAUUCCUUUGUAAUUUUCUUUCCUACCUACUAUAACGCAUGAUGUGUACUUCGCAAAAAAAAAUUAUUAUACAAAAAAAGCAAAAGCUAAAUUGCAUAUAAUCGUUUCAGUUUAAAAGAAAAAUUCUUGUUACAUCAGGCAAUGAAUGAUAAACUAAGCUUCUUCAAUUGCUUUAAAAUUGUUUUUUCAACUCAUUUUGUUUGUUAAUGUUGAUCGGAGUGCGGAAAAUCGAUUUUGGCCUCUCUCUAUUUUCUGUUACGUGAAGUUAAUGUUAUGAAAAUGUCGAUAAAAAUUAUUAAAUUAUUUUCCAAAUUUAGAUAAGGUUUCUGUAGAUCCAGAAAAAGUCUGUCGUUCUGUCGAUUAAAGUCAUCGUUUUUAUUGGUUCGAAUCACCAUAGCAACUGGAGAUUGUACUUAAAUGUAUUAUUAUUGAUUUGGAUGCAUCCGAGUAUAUAUUCAAUAUUGCUGAGUUAUCACGCCACUCAACUCUUUUCAGUUGAUUUUUCUAAACUUUCAAAAUGUCUUCUCAUUGUUAUCAGUUUAACCUGUUUUAGAAACGGCAGGCCUAUCGAGGUGUAUUAAAGCUGUUAAUUCUGCUGUUCAGAAUAUCGCCUAGUGUUUGAUGUAAAAUCUUUUACUUCAAUUGUUCAUUUCUUACCCUAUAAAGCCACAUUGGUCGGAGCCUCUUAUCGUGAAAAAGUUUUCACGAAUUGUUAGAAUUUUUUCUUGAAUUUCACGAUUCAACGAAAUCAUUUUUUGAAUGCAGACAAUUGAAAUACACUCCUUGACAGCAGUAGUCAGUUCAAGGAAAGUUGGUCUAAUCUUAGUCUAGCUAAAGUACAAAAGAUAAACGGCAAAAUAUUGAUUUAGAAGAAGGUAAUCCUUCAAGAGAUGUAUGCGGUAUAGUACAGUCGAUGAACGAACAUUAUUUUCGUAUGUUUCUCGUUCGUAAGUAAGAGUUCUGUUGAAAUGUUUUUUUUGUAUUUCUAAUUUAGACAAAUAUCAUUUUACAAACGGUAAACGUACCGUCCUAUAAUUAUUAAAUCUGUUACUUCGUUUUGUUAAAUCCUCUACUAAUGUUUGAUGUAAAGUAAAUUACUCGUUCUAUUAAUUCUGGACAACGCUAAACAGCUUUGCUGCAAAAUAUGUUUGAUUAAAUUAAAUUUAAAAAAAUGGAAAUCAUUGAAACCCAUUUCAUUCUUACGUGUAAUUUGCUUGUACUAGUAGUACAAUGUACUACUAAAAUCUGUGCCGGUAACGCAAAAUCGUAACUGAAAUUCAUCGUGCUUUGAUGUCAUUAUGCUAAAGGCUAGUAUACAGUUCGUCAGACCGUUCCAAACGAAAAAUAUCAAAAAUAAGCGUUUACAUCGGGCUUACAUCAAGCACGAAAAAUAUUUUUGUAAACAUUUUACAGCAUUUUUUAGACAUUUUUCAUGAACUGUGCACUCAUCUUAAACGUACGUCCUAACUCUCAGUAAAAUUGUGCUGUUUCAGUACUUUGCACAACCUCUAACAUAACCGUUGUCGUUGUAUGUUACCGAAAGUUCAAUUUAUAUUUUCAAAGUUCCACAUCAUUUUCAUUGCGUCCAAUCUAAACAGAAACUGGUUCGCUUACACGAUGAAACGAAUGUGGAACGAAUAGAAGGAAAAUGGGUUCAAUGUAAAUUUGUCAUUUUGAAAAGCAGAAUGGAAUGCAUCAUCGGAAUGACUAUAAAUAAAAGUCACAAUUCCUUUUUGAGGCAUGUUGUGAAUUUGCAUCAAUUAAAAACUGUUACUAAAAUCGCUCUACGACCAUUGUAAAAUCAAAGAAUAUCUUGUUCGGACAAGCCUUCGAUUAAAAUGAAAAUGGCAUACGCACCAAUUUUAAUAAAUUGUCUUAUCGGUUACGAGUCAUGUACUGCAAACAAGCUAUGCAUUUUAAUUCAGAAAAAGAAAAGUGCACCAAAGUCAAUAAAAUAAAUUUUUAUCGUUGAUGUUUUACAUGUUUAUUGUUUUGAUUAACUAUAAACAAGUAGAAUUUUAUUAUUUAAAAAAAAAAAUUAACAAAAACCAAGAAAAUGAAAUAAAUUUUCCACAAAAAAAAAAUUAUGUUUAUGCCACUCAAGUAACACCUUAAAAGUAAAUAAACUUCUGGUUAUUCUGAAAUAAGAGAAGAGAAAAAUAUGAGUAAUUAAAUGAAUUAAGUUUCGUCAUACCACAAUAUCUAUACGUGAAGGAAAUUUAAACUUUGUUUGUUUCAUUAUAAAUAGAUGUAAUUUAAGUGUAAACGAUGUAAUAAUACAAACACACAAAACAUGUAAUGAAUAUGAUUAUAAUUUAUCUUAUUUGAAGAUGUAGUAUUAAUUAUGAAAUAAAACCGAAAAUGUUGUUACAAAUAGAUA